GUUCGCUGUUGUCAUCACACGUAUACGUCAAGUGCGAAACAAGAAACAAAACGUCAAAUUGUUAUCAACCAAAUAAAUAAAAAGUUUUGCAAAACAGACAAUUCAGAAAUACGUUGUAUAUCUUUUUGUUGCAAAUGAGUUAACAUUUAUUUGAAAAGUAUUCAGAAUGGACAGUAAAUUAGAGAUGUUUGAAGACAUUCCAACAACACCACAACAUUUGGACUUGGAAGGUGAUAUGUCCGUACCAGGUGCUAAUAAGCAAUCUUCGAAACCUGGAGAACCUGAUUUUAAUACACUGGAUGAACCGAUUAAGGAGACCAUAUUGCGAGACAUGCGUGCGGUUGGGAUAAAAUUCUAUCACGUAUUAUAUCCAAAAGAAAAAUCAACUUUAUUAAAAGACUGGGAUCUUUGGGGUCCUUUAGUUCUCUGCACAUUUAUGGCAACUAUUUUGCAGGGAUCAGCAGAAGACAGCUUAUAUGAUGGAGGCCCAGAAUUUGCGCAGGUAUUUGUUAUAGUUUGGAUUGGAGCAGCAAUAGUUACAAUCAACUCAAAAUUAUUAGGCGGUAACAUCUCUUUCUUUCAAUCCGUUUGUGUUUUGGGCUAUUGCCUUACACCAGUUGCGGUCGCACUAAUCGUGUGUCGUGUCAUGCUAUUAGCGACGCAAACGAAAUUAUUAUUUUUCUUGCGAUUGAUCACCACUAUUGUUGGCUUUUGCUGGGCGACAUAUGCAUCUUAUGUUUUUCUGGGUGAUAGUCAACCACCUAAUCGAAAACCAUUGGCGGUUUAUCCAAUAUUUUUGUUUUUCUUUAUAAUAUCUUGGCUUGUUAUAUCACAUAAUUGAAGUGAUGAUGUAUUGUUUACGUUCCAAACUAUGACUAAUCUAUUAAUAAAAAAUAAAUACGAAAA